CUGAGGCCGGGCUGCGGGCACUAAAGGGUUAACGUGGGCCGGCGUGACACGAUGACACGUAGGGUGACGUCACGCGGGAGGAGGCGGGGCUCAGCUCCCAGGAGUCCCCGCGGCGGGGGGUGCGCGGCGCGGUGCGGUGCAGACCGGGGGGGGCGGGGCUGCGUCCCCUCCUCAUGCGGGGGGGCGCAUGCCGCGUGCUUGCCCGCAGGCCGGGCGCGGUGACGCGCGGGUGUGGCCCCCAGGUGCCGGUGCGGGGCUCGGGGGGCCCUCCGACAAGACGCGGCCCCGGGGGUGACCCCCGGCCUGGGCAGCGGCGGGGAGCGAUGGGAACGCCGCCGGGGCCUGGGGGCCGGCCCCCUCACGCCCCCCGCCAGCAACCAGGUGCUGGGACCCUGCAGAGAGCUGAGCAGCAGCCUGCUGAGGAGGGGCCGGUGAUCCUGGAGCUGCAGAGGACGUGUGCAGGGAGCCUGGAGGAGAGGAGCUCCCUGACCCCUGAGCCAGGCCAAGUGCAGAAGGGGCAGGGCAGGCCUCCAAAGCAGGUGGAGAGCUCGGAGCUCCGGGAGGUGUUCGAGGACGUGGCGGUGUAUUUCACACGGAAGGAGUGGAAGCUGCUGGACGAUGAAGACAAGGUGCUUUACCAGGACCAGAUGCUGAAGAAUUACCAAGCCCUCGUUUCCCUGGGAUAUCAAGGUCCCACACCUGACUUAAUCUGCAGCAUUCAGCGAGGACAGUUGGAGCUCUGGGUCUGUGAUGAUGAGGAGAUUGGGGAAGUCUCAAGAUCAGAGGGCCUUCUGCCAGGAGGUGCCAGGCUGCUGAGCAGAGCUGAAGAGGAGCUUUCUGUGCAAGGGUCUGCAGACCUGGAUCCAGUGCAGACUUCCCCAGAGAGUUUGAGUGACAUGGACUCCCUGGGACCUGAGAAGGAGCAAUGCUACAAGAUUCAGGGGAGGCCCCAAAAGCAGAAGGAGAAUGUAGCCAUGAGCCAGGACCGGUGCAUCCCCCUAGAGAGCAAGACACACCACUGCACUGUGUGCAGGAAGAACUUCAGCUGCUUGCAAGUCCUGUCCCAGCAUGAGUGUGUGCAGCACCACUGCACUACGUGUGGGAAGAGAUUCAGACAGCUCUCCAAACUGGCAAGGCACUGGUGCAUUCACACAAGGGAGGAGCUACAUCAGUGUUCAGAGUGUGGGAAGAGCUUCAGUAACUCCUCUGAGCUGGCUCGGCACCAGCGUAUCCACACAGGGGAGAAGCCACAUCAGAGCUCAGAGUGUGGGAAGAGCUUCAGUUACUCCUCCGAGCUGGUUCAGCACCAGCGUAUCCACACAAGGGAGAAGCCACAUCAGUGCUCAGAGUGUGGGAAGAGGUUCACUUGCCCCUCCCAGCUGGCUCGGCACCAGCGUAUCCACACAGGGGAGAAGCCAUAUCAGUGCUCAGAGUGUGGGAAGAGCUUCGCUCAGUCCUCCAGGCUGGUUGAGCAUAAGCAUGUCCACACGGGGGAGAAGCCACAUCAGUGCUCAGAGUGUGGGAAGAGCUUCAGUUACUCCUCCGCCCUGGCUCAGCACCAGCGUAUCCACACGGGGGAGAAGCCACAUCAGUGCUCAGAGUGUGGGAAGAGCUUCAGUCAGUCCUCCAGCCUGGCUCUGCACCGGCGUAUCCACACAGGGGAGAAGCCGCAUCAGUGCUCAGAGUGUGGGAAGAGCUUCAUUCGCCCCUCCCAGCUGGCUCUGCACCGGUGGAUCCACAUGGGGGAAAAGCCACAUCAGUGCUCAGAGUGUGGGAAGAGCUUCAGUCAGUCCUCCAUCCUGGCUCGGCACCAGCGUAUCCACACAGGGGAGAAGCCAUAUCAGUGCUCAGAGUGUGGGAAGAGCUUCCGUUACUCCUCCAGGCUGGUUGAGCAUAAGCGUCUCCACACGGGGGAGAAGCCAAAUCAGUGCUCAGAGUGUGGGAAGAGCUUCAGUUACCGCUCCCAGCUGGCUUUGCACCAGCGUAUCCACACGAGAAAGAAGCUACAUCAGUGCUCAGAGUGUGGGAAGAGCUUCACUCAGUCCUCCAGCCUGGCUCUGCACCAGCGUAUCCACACAGGGGAGAAGCCACAUCAGUGCUCAGAGUGUGGGAAGGGCUUUGCUCAGUCUGCCCACCUGGCUUAUCACCAACGUAUCCACAUAGGGGAGAAGCCACAUCAAUGCUCAGAGUGUGGGAAGAGCUUCACUUACCGCUCCCAGCUGGCUGUGCACCAACGUAUUCACACGGGAGAGAAGCCACAUCAGUGCUCAGAGUGUGGAAAGAGCUUCGCUUAUUCCUCCAGCCUGGCUCAGCACCAGCGUAUCCACACAGGGGAGAAGCCACAUCAGUGUUUAGAGUGUGGGAAGAGCUUCAGUUACCCCUCCCAGCUGGCUCUGCACCAACGUAUCCACACAGGGGAAAAGCCACAUCAAUGCUCAGAGUGUGGGAAGAACUUCAGUUACUCCAGCCAGCUGGCUGUGCACAAGCAUGUCCACACAGGGCAGAAGCCACAUCAAUGCUCAGAGUGUGGGAAGAGCUUCAGUUACUCCUGCCAGCUGGCUGUGCACAAGCAUGUCCACACAGGGGAGAAGCCACAUGGGUGCUCAGAGUGUGGGAAGAGCUUCAUUUACUCCUCCGAGCUGGUUAAGCACCAGCGUACCCACACAGGGGAGAAGCCAUAUCAGUGCUCAGUGUGUGGGAAGACCUUCAGUCACUCCUCCAGCCUGGCUCUGCACCAGCAUAUCCACACGGGGGAGAAGCCACAUCAGUGCUCAGAGUGUGGGAAGAGCUUCAUUCGCCCCUCCCAUCUGGCUCUACACCAGCGUGUCCACACGGGGGAGAAGCCACAUCAGUGCUCAGAGUGUGGGAAGAGCUUCAGUUACUCCUCCGAGCUGGUUAAGCACCAGCGUAUCCACACAGGGGAGAAGCCGCAUCAGUGCUUAGAGUGUGGGAAGAGCUUCAGUCAGUCCUCCAGCCUGGCUCUGCACCAGCGUAUCCACACAGGGGAGAAGCCACAUCAGUGCUCAGAGUGUGGGAAGAGCUUCAUUCGCCCCUCCCAUCUGGCUCUGCACCAGCGUAUCCACACGGGGGAGAAGCCACAUCAGUGCUCAGAGUGUGGGAAGAGCUUCACUCAGUCCUCCACCCUGGCUCAGCACCAGCGUAUCCACAUAGGGGAGAAGCCAUAUCAGUGCUCAGAGUGUGGGAAGAGCUUCACUCAGUCCUCCAGCCUGACUCAGCACCGACGUAUCCACAUAGGGGAGAAGCCCCAUCAGUGCUCAGAGUGUGGGAAGAGCUUCACUCGCUCCUCCCAUCUGGCUCGGCACCAGCAUAUCCACACCGGGGAAUAGCCAUAUCAGUGCUCAGAGUGUGGGAAGAGCUUCCGUUACUCCUCCAGGCUGGUUGAGCAUAAGCAUGUCCACACUGGGGAGAAGCCACAUCAGUGCUCAGUGUGUGGGAAGAGCUUCAGUCAGUCCUCCAGCCUGGCUCAGCACCGGCAUAUCCACACAGGGGAGAAGCCGCAUCAGUGCUCAGAGUGUGGGAAGAGCUUCAUUCGCCCCUCCCAGCUGGCUCUGCACCAGUGGAUCCCCACGGGGGAAAAGCCAGAUCAGUGCUCAGAGUGUGGGAAAAGCUUCACUCGCCCCUCCCAGCUGGCUCAGCACCAGCGUAUCCACACAGGGGAGAAGCCAUAUCAGUGCUCAUAUUGUGGGGAGAGCUUCACUUACCUCUCCCAGCUGGGUCUGCACCAGUGUAUCCACACAGGGGAGAAGCCACAUCAGUGCUUGGAGUGUGGGAAGAUGUUCAUUCAGUCCUCCCACCUGGCUCAGCACCAGCGUAUCCACACAGGACAGAAGCCACAUCAGUGCUCAGAGUAUGGGAAGAGCUUCCCUCACUCAUCAGGCCUAGAUUAGCACCAUCGUAUCCACACAGAGAAGAAACUACAUAAGUGCUCAGAGUGUGGGAAGAACUUCACUCGGUCCCCUUACCUAACCAAACACAGCCUGAUGCACACGGGGAAGAAACCAUAUUGGUGCUUGGAGUGUGGGAAAAUCUUCAACCUGUCCUCUACCCUGGCCCAGCCCCAGAUUACCAACACGGGUUAGCAGUCAUAUCAGUGCUCAUAGUGUGGGAAGAGCUUCACUCACUCCUCAAGCUGGGCUCUGCAUGAGCUUAUUCACAUGAGGGCGAAACCGUAAUAGUGUUUAGAGUGGGAAGAGCUUCAUCUAAUCCUCCAGCUGUCCUGGCACCAGCGUAUCCACACAGAGGAGAAACCACAUCCGUGCUCGAAGUGUGGGAAGUGUUUCUUCCACUCCUCCAAACUGGCCCAGCACCAGUGCAUCCCUAUCCAGGAGUGUCCAUAAUUCUGCCAGCAAUACAGAAAGGGUUUGGGGAUGUAUACCAGCUCAGCACCCACCGGUGUCUGCAUCCAGGGAAGCAGUGUCAGGCCCAGGGACUGCAGCAACAGUUUACUCUUUGUUCAGCCUUUCUAGGGCACUGCAAAACCCAAAGGCCACAGAGGCUGGCCUCCCAGGUUUGAUAUGGAUGAAGGGUUAAAAGGAAACACCUCAGUCAGAGGCCAGCACAGAUACUGGGGGAACCUAUGAGGAGAUUGUGGCAGAAUCCCAUCUCUGUCUCUCCCCAAACACCUCCAUCUGACAACUGGGUUCCCGUGGUAACUGCAGAGGGCAGACACCUCUGGUGCCAUCUGCUUCAGGUAACCCCGAGUUGUAACCUGAGCUGGAUGCAUUCCUCAGGGAGGGGGAAACCUGCUCCCUUUGCCUACAAGAUUGGCAUCACAUACCUGGGUGCAGGGCUUAAGCUCCCUAUUGUUCUAAGCAAUGGCAACCUGACUGGGAUGGGGCUAGAGACCCCACGAGUCUGCCUGGCAACCAGUGAUGCAUCUCAAAUUGUUUGUCUGGCACCCAACAGUUGCUGGCCUUCAUUGGAUCAGGUAAAUGAGGUCAUAAAGUCUAUAUAAGUUAUGGACUGCCCAGGAGAAGGGGCAGUAGCCAUGAUGAGAACUCGGAGAGAAGCUGGACCUUCUGAAACUCACUUACUCUCUUGAUACUCACUAUUGAUGAAUUGCUUGUCUCCAGAGGGAAUCUCUAGCUGUCUCUGGAUGAUACUUGUGAGUAAGCUACUUGAGAGCAAACUAGAUAUAUAGGUUGUAGUAACAGAUGUGUAAUCAAAGGCUACCAUGCCAAUGUUUGCUCUGUGGGAUGUCUUUGAUUUUGCUCUACUCUGUACCCUAUUGCAAAGCUACUUCUUUUAACCAAUAAAGUUCUUAGUACCUA